CCAUCUUCAAUGAAAUUUGUUUCAAUAAAGCUUUUUCGUUUGUUUUGUUUUUUAUUAGGUGUAAUUUUAACAUAAAAUCCCUCCCUAAUAUGAAAUUUUUUAUAUUAACGAAUAAAAUAAAUUUCAAAUCAAUUUGUAGGUUAUUAAUGUUGUAUUUAGAGAUGGUAUCCAUCUCUCGAAUUCCAUUUAUUAACCAUAUUUCCCAUCGAGUGUAUGUUGAAUUGUUUAAAAUUGAAUUUUGAGUUCGAAGGGAAAUUGUCUUCCAAUUAUUUUGUUAUCUCAUUUUUAUAUUUUUCUAGUUUUUCAAAUUAUUUUUAUCUUGUAAUUUUAAUCGUUAAAUUUGCUUGGGCAUAAAAUUCUUACAUUUUUAUUUUAACUUUUACUGCCAAAAUGGGAAUCUCUUAUUUUUUUCUUACAUGUUUAAUAUUUUUAUAAAUAUUCCUAGUCAGUAAUUUGGAAUCAUUUCUUUUUCUUUUCAAUAUUACAUUUAGUUUGCUCAAGUUCGUUACUGUAUCAUUUUACAAUUACACAAUUCUAAUGGACCGACGUAUUACCUUUCCUUUUCUCCAUUUUUGGAUAUUAGUCUGAAUAAUUUCUUUUAUAUUUUAUUCUGAAUAUUUGAGAAACAAAAAAAUUUUAUCCAAAAAAACCUCGGGACAGAGUUGGUCUGCGACGUAGUCGUCCUGAUGGAUCAUUUUACAAUUAAACUAAACGAGACGAAUUGUUCGUCCAUUUCAAAAUGAUACAUGCCAAAAUUAUGAUUAGCCAGACGAAAUCCCAUUUGAAUAAAUUUAAAUAUCUUUUUCCUAAAGAGCUUAAAUUUUUAUUUUUAGUAUUU